UAACAGCAUUACUUCAGAAAAGCCGCACACCGUGAGAAACGGUUGCGCCCACCGCACAUUUCAUAUUCUCUGAAGAAUAUACUGUCGUCCUGAGAGUGUGUGACACACAGCAUCUCUCUUGUCAGCCAGACAUUACAGGCCAACUUGUGAGAAGGAUUUCAGCCACUUUUGAGAACACAAGGGGCGAUCCUAAGCUUGCCCUGUGGCUGGUGAUUGAUUUGAGUUCGGAUAUUGCCUGUCAUCUCGGCUGAUGAACAAUUCAUCCAGUCCUGACGUCCAGAUAUCAGGAUGAGGCUGUCUGUUAUAACUGCGGUCAUCACUGCCGCCGUAGUUUUAGCAGACGUAAAGUCCUGUUCUGCUCAAGGUACAACAACAACAGAGCCAUGUACAAGAUUCCCAUGCUUCAGCGGCGAGUGCAUUUCCCUCGUCAAGUCCUGUAACGGAGUUCCGGACUGUAGUGAUGGCAGCGACGAGCACCCGGCAUUUUGUAUGAAUGAUGAACCCCACGGUGUAUGCCGACCUAUCACUCCUUCAGCAGAGUACAUUUGCACCCAUCUCUUGCCAUAUGGAAACACAUCGUUACCGAACUACCUAAACCACACCACAGAGACAUCGUCUUUCCAAGCUGCAUUUGCCCUGAACCAAGCAUCAGGAUGUCAUCCUUCAUUUACAUUCCUCAUGUGCACGACAGUGUUUCCAAAGUGCGAGGAUGACCUUCUAGUCCCGCCAUGCCGAGAACUGUGUGAUGAAGUCAGGACCAGUUGUGAAGCCUCACUGCAAGCUGUGGGAGAAGAAUGGCCAAGAGACUGCUCAGAUCUGCCGAGUAGAGAUGACGAGGAAUGUCUUGAGCCAACAACGUCUGGUACAUGUGAACCAUUUCCACAAGCAUUUCAGGACUUAUGCAAAUCCGUCACCGGAUACAACGCUACAUCAUUCCCCAACUCCUUCGGACAUCUGUCGUUCCUGCAGAUGGUAACCUCUCAAGAGUACUUCCUCUUCGGGUCGGCUCUAGGCAAUAUUUCAACAAGCUGCUACCCGGGCGUCUAUACAGCGUUUUGUAGGAUGUUCAUGCCUCAGUGUGAGAAUGGUAUCCAGAUACAGUUUUGCAGGAGCGCCUGUGAAGAGAUCAACACAAGCUGCUCUCCGGUUGGACUAGGUUUACCAUUUUCAUGUGACGUAUUUCCCAGCCGGGAUGACGAUCCAACUUGCUUUUCGGUCUAUCAGCAACCAGAAUGUGAACCCAUUCGGUACAGCCGUUGCAUGGGUCUGUCGUACUCCCAAACAUCCUUCCCGAACCUCUACCUGUGGCCGAAUCAGGACUUUGCUCUUCAGACGGCCCCGUUUGUGUUCCCAACAUACGAUGCUAUCAGUGACUGUCAUCCGGACCUGAAUUUCUUCUUGUGUUCACUUUUAUUUCCCCAGUGUACACCUGAAGGGCAAAUACUCCCGUGCAGCUCCUUAUGUUAUGAGGUUAACGCUACAUGCGGAGAACGAGCUCUGGCCGCCGGCAUUGGAUGGGAUGCUUCGAUCUGCCCUCGUCUCAGUGACAACAACUGCUCUUUACCCAUCGCACCCUCAGAUUGCCAACCAAUACCGUUCGACCGUUGCCAAAACAUGUCCUACUCCGACACGUCCUUCCCGAACUGGCUCGGCUGGCAGGGACCAGAAGACGCCGUGGCAAAUGCGACAUUGAUAUUUGGAGCUCUGGACCAGAUUUCUGACUGCCACAAGGACCUGGGCAUCUUCCUGUGCUCAUUGUACUUUCCAUCGUGCACACUGGCAACUGGAGUACACUUUCCUUGUCGGUCUUUCUGUGAUGAGAUUAAUAACGCAUGCGCAGUGCCCGCCCUUUCCGCUGGCAUUCCGUGGGACACCUCUGGCUGCACCACGCUGCCGGCAAGUAGCUAUGGGGAGGACUGCAUCGCUCCUGAAGCGACGUGCGAUGACUGGCCGUACGAAUGUUACGGAUCUCCCGGAAGCUGUGUGGGUGCUUGGCAGUUCUGUGAUGGAGACAGCUUUUGUCCAUUCAAUGACGACGAGAGUAUCUGCAGCAGCUAUACGUGCAUGCCCAUGGAGCUUGAGUUCUGCCAGGAUGAAGUUCCCUACAACAGAACGACGUUUCCAAACUACCUUGGGCAGCAGAAUUUGACGAUGAUUGAGGAAUCCGACAUACAUGCAAAUGUGUCUCUUCUAGCCGACACGGCGUGCCACGAAUACGUGAAAUUCCUCUACUGCCAUAUGGCGGUUCCUGAGUGCGUCAGUGAUGGUGAACGAGGCCGACCCCUAUGCCGUACUCUGUGUGAAGAGGUCAGACAAACCUGCUCCACGGAGAUACAGGAGAUUGGGUUCGAGUUUACAAAGAGCACCUGUGACGGCAUCUUUCCGGAUUCUGUUCAGAAGGAUACAUGCAAGCUGAUAAAAGAAUUUGACUGCUCAUUCGAUGUGGACUCGUGUGGGUGGCUGGCCGGCAACUACAGUCAGGUUGAGAUGCUGCAGCCUAGAAACAACUCUAAAUUUGGCAUGUAUCUAUCUUUGGAUGGAGUCUCGUCCAAACCAACAAGCCCGACCAUGUACACGGACAACAAGUGCCUAAAGUUGGACUAUUGGCUGAGAGGUGACGGCAGUAAGUUAACCGUGUACGUGUCUGGACCGGGAAAUAGUAUCUUCUUCACGUGGCGACAAUCUGAUGAUGAUGAUGAUGAAGAUGGAAUGGGGUGGUCAUCACUCAGUCUGAACAUCAACAAAGGAUGGCCUUGGUUCAAGGUGUCUUUGGACGCGUACGUGUUCGAUGGCGGGGAAGUGGGGGUUGAUGAUGUCACCCUGUCGGACGGCUCGUGUGAAGGACAAGUUUCUCCAGGAUGUGAGGAAAUAGAGUUUGUGCGUUGCUUGGCUAUGCCCUACAACUUCACCACCUACCCGAAUCUGCUCGGCUGGGACAAAGAUCUCGCCCUUUCCAUCGCCCCCGAAACCUUCCAGGCGUUUGACCAGAUCGCAGACUGCCAUCCUGACUUAGAGUUUUACCUCUGCUCGGUGAUCUUCCCCCAGUGUACGCCAACAGGAACCAGGCUUCCAUGCCGCUCGUUCUGUGAGAACGUGACCGCUGCUUGCGCAGCCAGAGCAAAUGCCAUCGGCCUCAGAUGGGAUCCAAAUGGCUGUCUCGGUUUUCCCAUAGCCGAUGGACUGGACUGUGUUGCUCCGAUCGCGAAAGCAGGUUGUGAAGCCAUCCAGUACAGCGGUUGCAUGGGCCUGUCGUACUCCCAAACAUCCUUCCCGAACCUCGUCCUGUGGCCGAGUCAGGACUUUGCUCUUCAGACGGCCCCGUUUGUGUUCCCAACAUACGAUCCUAUCAGUGACUGUCAUCCGGACCUGAAUGUCUUCUUGUGUUCUAUUUUGUUUCCCCAGUGCACGUCUGAAGGACAAAUACUACCAUGUCGCUCAUUUUGUUACGAGAUAAAUGAGACAUGUGGGGAACGAGCUCUGGCCCUGGGUCUGGAUUGGCAGGACUCCAUUUGUCCAACUCUAACUGAGGAAGAGUGCCUUCUGCCGGAUGUGUCAAAAACUACAACUCCGGCAGACACAACCAGUGGAACUACAACUCCAGCAGACACAACCAGUGGAACUACAACUCCAGCAGACACAACCAGCGGAACUACAACUCCAGCAGACACAACCAGCGGAACUACAACUCCAGCAGACACAACCAGCGGAACUACAACUCCAGCAGACACAACCAGCGGAACUACAACUCCAGCAGACACAACCAACCUUCGUCCUUCAACACCGACACCUACCCCUCGCACAGAGUGCCCCUAUGGAUACAGGCGACACAGGGGUGGCUGCUACCGCUUCUGGGGCGGGAAAAACGCUAAGAGCUACAGUGAUGCCAGGAGGGUCUGUCAGGAGAACGGAGGGGACAUCUACAUGUGGAGGAGCGCUGCUGCUGUCGCUAGACUCAAGAGGAAACUGAUCCGCAAUCGCGCCCCAAGUCUGUGGGUAGGCCUGAGUGAUGAGGACCUGGAGGAAACCUUCCUGUGGGCUGACGGCCCAGCUUUGGACGGGAACGACUUCACCGACUGGUCUCCCAACCAACCGCGCAACACGGCUGAGAAGGACUGCGUCGUCGCACGGAGGGUCCACCGGUACCGCUGGAAGGUCGUGCCCUGCAGCUACAGGAGGGCCUUCAUCUGUCAAUCACCAGGGGCUCCGUGAGACAGGCGUAUGAUUGCCAUUCUCUCUUUUUGUAGGUCAACCUUUUCUUGAAGCAAUGUCUUUACCUAAUGAAUAAAAUACUGUAUUGAAUUUUGGAAUCAAAUCGGGUUGAGAUUCAGAACAAUUGGUUGUAUUUCUUUUCUGAUUGGAAAGCCUUUGAAUAUAUGUAGAGCCUGUAGGAACCCAGACCCUGUGAUAAAUAAAAUGUAGGUCAGUAAGACAGUAGUAUAGCCACACAUAGUAGUUCAGUUCACUGUCUGAUUUGUUGUGUUUUGGUGGCUAGGCAUCAAAGUGUGUAUACAACAUCACUAUACAUAGCAAAGAAAUAAAUCUGAUAGAGCGAACUAUAGUGUAUAUGCUAAACAGUUAAAUAGCGUAGUUUUGGGGCUCUUUCGGUGCUGUACCUAGGUACAACCUCUCAUUAAAUUGAAUUAUGUCUUUUGAAAUUUUCUUUAUUUCAAUACGCUGUAACAUGUUACUCAUACAUAUAUGGUGAUAAUAGCUAAUCUUCAAGCAGAUGUAUGAUCCAGCUCAGUCUUCUUUAUUUCCUUCUUCUUCUCCUCCUCCCCCUUUUCUUUUUCUCUCUACCUCCUCCUCUUCAAGAGAAAUAUGUAGGUCUAUCUACAUCUGCUUGGAGAAUGAUAAUAGGUAUCUGGUCUCUUCUGUCCUUUCCAAUACUCAGAUAUUACUCCAAUAUCGACGAUAGUUAUCCUGACAAGGUGCUUUAACGAGUAUGCUUGUUCGAAUUAGUGCUGACCUUUAUCAUGCAGUCUUUUUGGUGUCAGAUCAUAAGUAUCAUACACAUGUAGAGAGGAUUAUAGAUUGAGCAUAAAUGUUAAACUUAUGUAGUUAUUGCAUAGAGUUUGCUUAUUUCAUCGAAAUGUGUAAGAUUGAAUAUAUCAUGUAUGAGACAUUAUCAUAAAAGGUGAAUUUAUCGCAUGACUUGUCGGCAUAUUUGUUUAUCAAGAUGUAAGAUUAGGAGCAUAAUAUAUAGACAGGAAGUAAACUUAGUUACAUACUAACUUAGCACAAACUACAUGUAGGUAUGUUUGAUCAUGUUGCGGUGACAAUCCUACAUGAACUUAUGUGGUGAACAAUCUUAUAGUCCUUGUAGAUAAUAGAAUGUAACAAUGUUUAUACAUACAUAUAUACGAGUAUGUGCAUAGUUCAAUAAGCACUUAUAGGGUGGCAGGAGUGAAUUACAUUUUUUACUUCUUUCCACUGCUUCCCAAGACGUUGGAUUUUUUCGGAGAUUUGGGUUCUGGUAUCUGCAAUAAAUCCUUAAAAAACACAAAUGUUGUAUACUUGUUUUCUUUUUGUCUGUAAGUACGGAUGUGUUUUGGAGGAAUUUAGUGGCUUCUUUAAAAGCUAUUUUCUUUCAUGAUCGUAAAGGAAAAGUUUGAAAUAAGAUGGGUUUCGUCUUCCACCGUGCUUGACGUGCAGUAUAGAAGAAACUCUUACAGUCUUUCAAACUAUCUUAUCCCAUAAUUCAUAGAGUCUUCUCAUACCAUAGUAUGCGCCCUUGUAUUAUUGUACGUUAGCCUUAUAAAACUGUAUCAACAGCUGCC